GUCUAGGAGACGGGGCGUGACGGGGCCAGAAGGUGGCGGGAGGGGGCCGGGCCGGAGCCAGCUGGAGGGCCAGGCCCGGAGGCCCCGGCCCUGGCGUGUCCACCCGGGCCGCGGCUGAGGAGGAAGAGGAUGAUUUCCAGAUAUACUCGGAAGGCGGUGCCACAGACCUCAGAGCUCAACCAGUGGCUACCACAUUGGAUAUUACAGCUCCAGAGCAGCAAAAAGAAAGGAAUAACAAAACAUGCUCUUAAUCAUCAUCCCCUUCCAGAGCAGCUGGAUGAAAUUUCCUCUACCAAUGACAGCCAUGAAAAAGACACAACUUCCCAAAGUGAGUCUGACAUCACUCAAGAAUCACCUUUUACAUCAGCUGACACUGGGAAUUCAAGAUCUGCUUUUCCAAGUUAUACAGGCACAGGGAUCUCUACUGAGGGAAGCUCGGACUUCUCCUGGGGAUAUGGUGAACUUGAUCAAAAUGCCACUGAGAAAGUACAGGCAAUGUUCACAGCCAUCGAUGAGCUCUUGUAUGAACAGAAGUUGAGUGUAUAUACUAAGAAUCUACAAGAAGAGUGCCAACAAUGGAAACAUAGCUUUCCUCACCUCAGGAUUCUGGGUAGGCAGAUAAUCACUCCAAGUGAAGGUUACGAACUGUAUCCUAUGUCCCCUUCUGCUGUUUUAGCUUCACAUGAAGCAGUAUUAUCUCAAGAAAGAGAUUCUACUAUAUUCGGUAUCAGGGGUAAGAAGUUACAUUUUUCAUCUUGUUAUGUUCAUAAAGAAUCUUCCAUUGCCAAAUCCCCUAGCUUGUGUUCUCCAGAAAAUAGAGAGGAAGACUGUGUAAUCUUUUCUGAAGGAAUAAUAGAGGAAUACCUAGCAUUUGACCGCACAGAUAUGGAAGAAGGGUUUCAUGGGAUGAAAUCAGAAGCAGCCACAGAGAAACAGAAAUUAGGGUACCCUCCAAUUGCUCCAUUUCACUGCAUGAAAGAGGAUGUCCUUGCUUAUGUAUUUGAUGAUGUGUGGAGCAAGGUUCUGGGCUGUAUGGAGCAGCUGACACGUAAUCACUGGGAGGGAUUUGCUUCUGACGAUGAGAGUAGUGUUGCUGUCACAAGGCCAGCUUCAGAAAGUCCCUGUGUGCUUAACGAACUACAACCUUUGGUCCUACCUCGAGUGCCACAGUCUAAAAUGCUGUCCAUCACCUCAAAUCCAAUGAGUCUUUGUCAAGGAGCAAGUGGUCAUCAGCCAAAUGUGAGUGGUCUCUUGGUUCAUGGGAUGCCUCUACAGCCAAGAAAUCUCUCCCUAAUGGACAAGCUUCUAGAUCUUGAUGACAAGCUACUUUUGAGGCCUGGAUCCAGUACCAUCCUUUCAACUCGUAAUUGGCCAAAUCGAGCUCUAGAGCUUAGUACAUCAUCUCUGUCGUAUACAGUACAGUCCGCCAGGAGACGAAAUCCUCCACCACGUACCCUUCAUCCAAUCAGCACAAGUCAUUCAUGCGCUGGAACACCAAGACCUAUGGAUGAAAUCCUCAGAGGAUCCCGAUUUCCAGUGGCAGCUGACUCGUUCUCUUCUCCCUCACCAAUGCCCCUGAGUCGAAAUAAUCUGCUGCCACCUAUUGGCACAGCUGAAGUAGAACACUUGAGCACUGUGGGGUCACAAAGGCAAAUGAAAACCCAUGGUGAUUCCAAUCGAGCUCGAAGUGCAGUAGUGGAUGAGCCUAACCAUCAGCAGCCCCAGGAGAAGCUCCUCUUACCUGACUUUUUCUCCAGGCCCAACACAACUCAGUCAUUUUUGCCAGAUACACAGUAUCAUCGCUCAUAUGCUGUUGAGUAUCCUUAUCACACCCAACCUAGUAGGGGAUCUGCAGGGACAGGUCCUCAGUUACAUGGGUCUACAAAAUCUCAAAACAAAAGUGGACCAGUCUCUAAAACCAGGUAUGGACCAUAGGGCAAAUGAGAAGCUGCUUCAAGCUACAGGCAAUGUUUGGGGAAAUUUCAUGAAGAGUGGAGCUUAUGUACAAGAGACAACGUGAAACCACCUUCAUGAAGAGUUAUUUUGGUACCACUGAGGAGAAAAACCAGAAUAUCUGCUAAAGAUCAUAUUGGUACUGUUUCUGAUUUCCAAUUACUGUCUUCUUUCAAUGUAAGUCAACCUAUCCUACUAGACAGUAAAAUCUGUACCAAAAGAUGUUAACAAAUGAAUAAUUAUCCCCCUAUCAGUGCUCAUGUUGUCUAUUAGCAAUGAUCAGUUCAGUUACUGUAGACGAUUCUGAGAUGCUACAUACAUACCAAAAAGCAAUUGACUGUUUUAUAACAUCAUUCUUGGCUUUGGAAUACAUUUGCUGGUAUUAAUUUCUGAAAAACUGUACUCAAAAGUUUUAAGUAUUUUGGGUAGGUGAUGCUGCCAAAAACCUGAACUACUUAACAAACAGAUGUCAUUCCUAAAACUUUUUCAUUAGAUGUUCAAUCUCAAAGACAGGGAAGAAGUCAGUAACUAAGGACAUAAAUGUUGAACACUGAUACAAAUAUAUGUAAUCAUAUUCUUUUUUCAGAGGGGACAACUUAAAAUCACAAAGCCUGCUUAAUAUCAGGUUAUACUUAUUCCUAAAGUAUUUUACUACUCAUUUCCACCUCCCUGCUCCUUCCAUAGUAAAUUUAUCUUGAGAAUUUUUCUCAUCAUUCUAAAGCAAUUAAAUAAAAAGGUACAGACUCUUCUAUUAGUGACCAAGCAAGAUACAAUUACUUUGAAUUUGAGAAACCCUGGCAAUUAAUCCAGUUUUCUAAUUUUACCAUGGACCUUUUUCCUGUCUGUACUCAUGAAUACAGCAAUGGUUUUAACUAUGACAAAUUUAUUUCAUUUAAAUUUCACUGAAUUUUGGUGAUUAUACUUAUUUUAAUCAUAUUGUUAAACUUCAGAGUGGAUAAAUUUAAAUGAUCA